CAAUCUAUACAUUUCAUGUAAUUAAAAAACAUGUCCAAAAGAACAUUCUAAUAUUUUAAUCAAAAGUGAAAGAAAAAGAUGACAUCAUUCGCAUGGACCAAAUUUUCAACAAAUCACCUAUAUAUAUAUAUAUAUAUGUACAUAUAAACACACCUAAAAAUAUAUUCCCAACUAUAAUCCUAAAACACCCCAUACACAAAGAUAUCUGUUCAUUAUCUUCUACUUUCAACAUCGAAAAAAUGAAGAAAGCAGAGUUAGUUUUCAUCCCCAUUCCAGGUAGAGGCCACCUUUUAUCCAUGGUAGAGUUUGCAAAACUACUCGUUGCUCGAGAUCCUCAUCUCUACGUCACAAUUCUUAUCAUGAAGCUGCCGUUUGACACCAAGGUCGGAGCCUACACGGCUUCACUUGUGUCCUCAUCUUCAAAUCGUAUCAACUGCAUCGACCUCCCAAUAAACGAAAAGGUUUACACAGAAUCCAACCCCCCAGUCUUCAUGACUUCAUUCAUAGAGGAUCAGAAACCCCACGUCAAAAACGCUGUUACCCAACUCAUCCAAUCCCGGGACGUUGAUGACGAAGACUCGCCUCGACUCGCCGGAUUCGUCAUCGACAUGUUCUGUACCACCAUGAUUGACGUCGCUAAUGAAUUUGGGAUUCCUACUUAUGUGUUCUUCGCAUCGGGUGCGGGAUUUCUCGGCCUGUUGUUCCAUCUUCAACACCUAAGUGACAACCAUAAUGUAAAUAUCACUGAGUAUGAGAACGAUCCAGAGGCUGAGUUAGUCAUCCCGAGUUUUGUCAACCCGUUUCCUUCUAAGGUCUUGCCUGUGCUGGUGCUGGACAAGGAUGGUGGUCCUGUAAUGAUGAACCAUGCUAGAAGGAUAAGAGAAACCAAGGGUAUAAUAGUAAAUACGUUCACAGAGUUGGAAUCACAUGCCGUCUAUUCUCUAUCGAACGGUGAUCAUGAAUUCCCUCCGGUUUAUCCCGUGGGGCCUAUAUUGAACUUAAGAAGCGAUGAAAGCCAUGUUGGGUCGGUCAAUCAAAUUCAGAACUCAGACAUCAUAAGGUGGCUUGAUAAUCAACCGCCUUCAUCUGUGGUGUUCGUAUGCUUUGGGAGCAUGGGAAGCUUCAGUGAGGAUCAGGUGAAAGAGAUUGCAUACGGGCUGGAGCAGAGUGGGCAACGUUUCAUUUGGUCACUACGCCCUCCCCCACCAACAGAUAAGAUGGGUUUACCAAGUGAUUAUUUAGACCCCACGGUGGUUCUUCCAGAGGGGUUCCUGGGUCGAACGGCUGAGGUUGGAAAGGUGAUAGGAUGGGCUCCACAAGUGGAGAUCCUGUCCCACUCGGCAACAGGAGGCUUUGUAUCGCACUGUGGGUGGAAUUCUACACUAGAGAGUCUAUGGUUUGGGGUUCCAAUUGCCACGUGGCCGAUAUUUGCUGAGCAACAAUUGAAUGCAUUUCAGAUGGUGAAAGAGUUUGGAUGUGCGGUGGAGAUAAAGCUUGAUUAUAGAAGGGAAUUUAAUAGUGAUGGUGAUGAUCAAGCGGUUGUGAGUGCACAAGAGAUAGAGAGAGGGAUAAGGAGGGUGAUGGAUGAUGAUAGUGACAUAAGGAAAAGGACAAAGGAGAUAAGUGAACAGAGCAGAAGAACCUUAGUCGAUGGUGGAACCUCAUUUUCUUGCUUAGGACACCUUAUCAAUGAUAUCUUGAAGAAGGUGUCCUGAAGCUUGCCAACCAUGCGUUAAUUUCAAUUUUUUGUUUGUUUUUGUCUUAUGUUUUGGAUUAUAUAUGUAACCUUUGCUUUACUUCUAGCCAGAGUAAUAACCAAUUUGAGCAUGUUUGGCCCUUUGUUAUUUAAAAAUGAUUUUUUUUUUUUUUAAUAUAUAUAAUACUCUUCCUCA